AAAAUCUGUCACUACAUCCACAAGUACUGCUGCGACUGUAACAGCCUUUUCAGCGGAUUUUUUUCUUCGAAUUUUAAUUUUUGCUUUUUAAAUGACAAUGCUGGAAAUCUACAGGAAACUUUAAGGGGGUUUAAAUCACAUGUAAAGACGGAACCGCCACAGCAAGCAAGCCCCGGUUCGGAAGAGCGCCCCCAGUCGAGCUCUGAGACCCGGCCGUCGGACAGUCCCGCUACCGAGGCUACCACCGCCGGAGGAGCCUCGACUCACCACCUCGUCCCCGGAGCGCAGAGCAAAGCAAGCACAAUUCAGCGAGCAAAAUACCAGCCAGAUAUGCCCUGUGUGCAGGCCCAGUAUGGCCCCUCCCCUCCCGGUUCCAGCUACACCAGUCAGACCUUCACCUAUCCCGGGGAGUACAGCUCUGACAUGAUGAACCCGGACUACACCAAGCUGGGCAUGGACCUGGGAGGGGGCGAGAUCUCGGCCGCGGCGGCCACCACCUCGCUACCCAGCUUCAACGUCUUCGUCGAAGGCAGCUACGAGCCCAAAUCCUCCUGCCUGUACCAGGUGCCGACUCCAAGGGCACUGAUCAAGAAGGAGGAGGAGCCCUACCCACCGCCGCAGCUGCCCCUGUCGCAGACCGAGGAGGCCAUGCCCAGCACCUCCAUGUACUUUAAACAAUCACCCCCCUCCACCCCCACCACCCCUGGCUUACCAGGCCAGCCGGGGACCUCCUUCCUUUGGGAUGACCCACACAGCCUGCCCCCAGUCCCCUCCACGUGCAUGGCCUCCAGCUCCCUCAUGGAGUCAGGGUCCCUGAAAUCCCCCCGUUUCCCCCACUUCUUUGAGCAGUCCCCUCCGCACGGUGGCUACGAACAGGGCCUGGGCAUGCCGCUCCGCUCGGAGCGACCGCCGUCCUCCUCUUCCUCCGCCCCAGCCUCCACCUCGGCCUCCGGCGUCCAGCACCCUCCCGGUCUGGAGGCGCACAUGUACCCGCUUCACGUGGGCAAGGCGGGCAGCCUGCACUUCCGUCCGCUGGGCAUGGGGCCCUGUCCAUCCCUGCUGGGGGAGAGCGGUCUGCCGUCGCCGCCCGGACGCCCCAGCUCGGGGGAGGGCACCUGCGCGGUCUGCGGGGAUAACGCUGCCUGCCAGCACUACGGCGUGCGCACCUGCGAGGGCUGCAAGGGAUUCUUCAAGAGAACCGUACAGAAGAAUGCCAAGUACGUCUGUUUGGCCAGUAAAAACUGCCCGGUGGACAAGAGGAGACGCAAUCGCUGCCAAUACUGCCGCUUUCAGAAGUGUCUGAGCGUGGGCAUGGUGAAGGAAGUUGUCCGAACGGACAACCUGAAGGGCAGAAGAGGCCGUCUGCCAUCAAAACCAAAGAGCCCACUACAGCCGGAGCCCUCCCCGCCAUCGCCCCCCAUCAGCCUCCUGAAUGCCUUAGUGAGAGCCUACUCUCAGUCCACGCCCAGAGAGCUGGACUACAGCCAGUUCAGUACCGCUGACCAGCCGGCCACCUCGGAUGCCCAGCAUAUCCAGCUCUUCUACCGGCUGCUGACCAGCUCAAUGGAGGUGACGCGGAGCUGGGCCGACCGCCUGCCGGGCUUCUCUGAACUCCCACGAGAGGACCAGAGCCUGCUCAUUGACUCGGCCUUCCUCGAGCUCUUUGUCCUGCGGCUGGCCAACAGGUCCAUCCUCCAGGAGGACAAGCUUGUGUUCUGCAACGGGCUGGUUCUGCACCGCUUCCAGUGCCUUCGCGGAUUCGGCGAGUGGCUCGACUCCAUCCGAGACUUCUCCUCCCACCUGCAGAGCCUUAACCUGGACGUGUCCGCCUUCGCCUGCCUGGCCGCCCUGGUCAUGCUCACAGAGCAGUGUCCGGGCCUAAAGGAGCCAAAGAAAGUGGAGGAGCUCCAGAACAAGAUCAUCUGCUGUUUGAGGGAUCAUCUGGGCUUUGGGGCGGGCAUGGCUGUGGGCGGGGCUGUGGGAGGAGCCACCGCCGCCUCCACCACCUCCCCCAAGGCCCCGCCCCCCCUGAGCCGAGUCCUUAAUGUGAGGGCGGAGCUUCGCUCCCAGCGCACGCAGGGCCUCCAGCGCAUCUUCUACCUAAAGCUGGAGGACCUGGUGCCGCCGCCGCCCGCCAUCGACAGGUUCCUGGACACCCUUCCUUACUGACGAGGCGCGCCGGACACACCCCCAGCCCCUGCCGUCCCUCUCGUACGAAGACGUCCGCCGUUUCAGAGGCCCGCGAGACUGUGUGCGGCUGCGAAUCGGCAAAACUUUUUCUAGACAUUCUAGAGUUUGGUCCCACGGUUCUCGAACCCUGGCGCAGAGACACUGAGAAGACUUGCUGACUUCCAGACACCACAAAAAAAAAAAAAAAAAAAAAAAAAAAGAAAACUCCUGGGCUCCAGAAAAACUCCCAGAUUGGGUUUACAUUUCAUACGUUAAAAAAAAUAUAUAUAUAAAUAUCAAUCACUUGCUUUUCACUUUUUCUUGUUUUUAUGUGGGGGGGGGGGUUGGGUGCAUUUUUGGAAAGUGACAUCACAAAUGAUGCUUCUGUCAAGGGUGUUGGUUCAUGCCGGGGGGUUAGUAUAAUGUUUUUCUUUUCUUGCCUGUGGUUAGUCUCUAGUGAUGUUUUUGAGGAAAAAGACCUGGACCCCUUCCGCCCGCUGGGGACCGGUAAAGGGGAGCAGAGUUACAGCUACACCUGUAGUAGAGUUGUGUGUAAAAUAAGGUCCCGGAGUGUGUGUUUCGGGCAAACGACGGGCUCUGCAAAUAAUUUUUUUCUUCAAAAAGUCAAGUCCGUGGACAUUUGUAUCAAAUAAUUGUGUUGCCGGCAAAGAGCCUCGCGCGCGGACACGUUUCGAGCAUUCUGGUAUUUGAGGAGUGGAGUCCGCUGGGGCUCCGACCGACGUUAGACGUCGCUCUGCAUUUUGUACCGGAACGCAUUAAACGGAACGCGCGAGAAACGCACGCAAAGCGACGCGGCGCCAGCGUUUGUCCUCUUUUCUUAAGUGCAAUCUGAAUCUCCGCAGCGCCAACAGGACGUCCGGCCGAGAAAGAGAGGAACGUCUCCACCAUCCUUCUUCAAACUCUAAAUUAUUUCAAUACUAAGCCAAUAAGGGGUAAAUGGAGCUUAACGGUUUCAGCGUAGGGCAAAAAAAAAAUCGAGAAAAAAAAAAGAAAGAAACUUAGCCUAGAACGAAUAGCGAAAAGUCAGCCGCACUAACUUCUCGAAGACGGAGUUCCGCAAACUUGAAUUCGCCGUAGCGCUUUUUUUUUCGUCAAGACUUUGUUAGCUACAGGACGACGGAAUGCGGACUGCCGAGAAACUACACGGAAGGAAUAUGAUUCGAAGCACUUAACGCCUUCGCGGAGGCGAUCGGGUGUAAGCGUGCAAAGGUGGUCCCUAGACACGGGGGGUGGGGGAUGGGGGAUGGGGUCAAAGGGCAGGGGUGAGGCCUCCUUGGGUUUCUUAAGGACAGGGAUACGAGACCUAAGUCGCUCGGGUCGAGGCGGGGUCGGGGCUGGGACGAAACAUUCCGCAUUCAUACUCUUUUUUUUUUUUUUUUUUUUUGUAUGUUUAUAUUGUCGAUGCCAUUUAUUAAUAUGACAGAAUUUGUUCCAUGAUGUCUUUAUUUGUACAAAAGCAGAAAAAAAAGGAUUAUAUGCAUGGUCUAUUGUAAUGGCUUCGCCUGUAUUUAUUGCAAAGACUGCCGGCUCCGUGAGGCUCUGUUUUGACUUCUAACUCAGCGCUCGUCAAGGGCUCGUUAACACACUGGCCGAGGGUUCGAGCGAGCGGAAAUUGGCAGCGGAUAAAAGUUUUAAGAAAUAUAUAAAUAUAUAAAUAUAUAAAUAUAUAUACAU